UUUUAAAUGCUGAAAAUGAAAUAAUAUUAGCUAGAGUAGCUCAAUUAGUGCUUAUCCACGCUUAUCUCAAACAAUUUUGGCAAGACGAAAAAGUAGCCAAUGCUUUGGCUGAAAGUGUGUUUUUAAAUAAAUUACAGAGAAUUCAGAUAUCUGCAAUGCGCUUCUUCUUGGGUUCUAGUAAAAAUGAGCAAGGGGAGGAAGAGGAAAGUGACAGCAGUGAUGAUAGUGAAAUUGACAACAAAAACAAACCCCUUAAAGAAUUAAUGCAGCAACACAAAUACACAAAGAAAACAAGAAAACGAAAAAAACAAUUAGAAGAAGCAAAAAAGAAAAUUCAAAAAGAGAAGAAAGCAACCAAAAGAGGGGAUAAAUUAACACGUUCCCAAUGCAAUUUGGAAGCAAUUAGAUCAAUUUAUGACCCCCAAAAAUUUGCUGAUAAAUUGUUUGGAUUGUUGGUUGGACAUAAAAGGAACGAGAAAUAUGUUGUUAGGUUGGUUUGUUUUUGUUUUUAA